AUAUAUACAGAGACAUCGACUUAUAUUUUCAUCCUUGCCCUGAAUGUGCCCUCAUUUUGAGUUCCUCCAUAUGGAUCGAGCAAGUGGAUCAUCUUCCUCCCACUUUAGAUGCAGUUUUGAUGUAUUCUUAAGUUUUCGGGGAGAAGAUACUCGUUCCAACUUUACAAGUCAUCUUCAUAUGGCUUUGCGUCAAAGAGGAAUCAAUAUCUUUAUAGAUGACAAGCUUUCGAGGGGUGAAGAAAUUUCUGCAUCACUUUUGGAAGUUAUUGAAGAAUCGAAGAUCUCGAUCGUUAUAAUCUCUGAAAAUUUUGGAUCUUCGAGUUGGUGUUUGAAUGAAUUGGUGAAAAUAAUUAAGUGUAACAAAUUCAAAGGACAAGUUGUUUUACCAGUUUUUUACAAAGUGGAUCCAUCUCAAGUAAGAAAACAAAUUGGAACGUUUGGAGAAGCAUUUGCCAAACUUGAAGAAAGAUUCUUCAACAAGAUGGAAGCAUGGAGGGAGGCUCUGACUACUGUUUCCCAUAUGUCUGGAUGGGUUUUGAGAGAAGAAAAUGAGGCAAAUUUGAUUCAAGAGAUUGUUCAAGAAGUUCUAAAGAAAUUAGAUCAUGCAACUAUGCAAUUGCACGUAGCGAAAUAUCCAGUUGGAAUUGCCAAACAAGUCAUGAAUUUACUCUCCCAGGUCAUGUCUGAUGGAAUUACUAUGUUUGGAUUAUAUGGAAUUGGAGGUAUGGGCAAAACAACUUUGGCAAAAGCAUUAUACAAUAAAAUUGCUAAUAAGUUUGAAGGUUGUUGCUUUCUUGCAAAUAUUAGAGAAACUUCAAAGCAAUAUGAGGGCCUUGUUCGACUACAAGAGAAACUAAUUUAUGAGAUUUUAAUGGAUGGCUUCAUUAAAGUUAGCAAUAUUCACAGAGGAAUUAACAUCAUAAGGGAUCGACUAUGCGCAAAAAAGAUUCUCUUGAUUCUUGAUGAUAUAGAUACGAGUGAACAAUUGCAGGCAUUGGCGGGAGGACAUGAUUGGUUUGGACCUGGAAGUAAAGUCAUUGCAACAACAAGAAACAAUCAUCUACUUGCUAUCCAUGGAUUCGAUAUAUUGGAAAGUGUUGAUGGAUUGAAUCAUAAUGAAGCUCUUGAGCUUUUUAGUUGGCAUGCUUUUAAAAAGAGUCAUCCUUCGAGUGAUUAUUUAGACCUUUCCUUACGUGGUGUACUUUAUUGUAAGGGUCUUCCCUUGGCUCUUGAAAUGUUAGGUUCAUUCCUUUGUUCGAUUGACGAUCAACUUAAAUUCAAACGUAUUUUGGAUGAAUUUCAAAACUCCCACCUGGACAAAGAUAUUAAAGAUAUUCUUCAAGUAAGUUAUGAUGCACUUGAAGAGGAUGUAAAAGAAAUAUUUCUUUACAUUUCUUGCUUCUUCGUACGAGAAAAUGUAAACAAGGUUAAAAUGAUGUUAAAGGAAUGUGGCAGUUUAUGUUUUGAAAAGGCAAUAACAAAACUCAUGAAUCUAUCACUUCUCACCAUCAACAAAUUCAACGACAUUGAAAUGCACGACUUAAUACAACAAAUGGGCUGCACAAUUGCUCUUUCAGGGACUUGUAAAUCUCGUAAAAGAAAAAGAUUACUGAUUGAAGAUGAUGCUAUGGACGUCUUAAAUGGCAAUAAGGAAGCAAGAGCGGUUAAAGCCAUAAAGAUGGGCUUUCAUCAGUCUAUAGAGUUGAACAUUGAUUCAAGAGCUUUUGAAAAAGUGAAAAAUUUGGUAGUACUCGAAGUUGACAAUGUCACAUCUUCAAAAACGCUCGACUAUCUACCUAGUAGCUUAAGGUGGAUGAGUUGGUCUAAAUUUCCUUUUUCAUCUUUGCCUUCAAGCUACUCAAUGGAGAAGCUUAUUGAACUGAAAUUACCAUAUAGCUCCAUCAAACAUUUUGGCAAAGGAUUUAUGAGAUGUGAAUCAUUGAAGCAUAUUGAUCUUACUGACUCCAAGUUUUUGGAGGAAAUUCCCGAUUUAUCCGCUGCAAUAAACCUUGAAGAGUUGAUUCUUUGGUUAUGUAUGAAUUUGAAAAAGGUUCAUGAGUCAGUUGGAUCUCUCGGUAAACUUGUUACUUUGGAGCUUUGCAGUCAUUCUAAGGGCUUUAAGCAGUUUCCUCACUACCUCAAUCUGAAGUCCCUCAAAUAUUUGGAUAUGGAACAAUGCAACAUGACCGAAUGUGAUUUCUAUUUUAGUGAAGAAAUGAAGUCUUUCGAGUACUUACGUUUCCGGGGUUGUGAUGUAAAAGAACUAUCUCCAACAAUUGGAUAUCUCGUUGGGCUUAAGUCUAUAUCCAUCACUUGCACAGAGUUUGCGCUCACAUCGCUUCCGAGCACAAUUUAUCGUUUAAGCAAACUUACUUCUUUAGUUGUUGAAUAUUCUAAUCUUUCUACAUUCCCUUCCUUAAUUCCUUCUUGUUCACCUCCCUCGUUUCCCAAUCUAAUCGAGUUACAACUUAAGAAAUGCAAUAUAACAAAUUUGAGUUUCUUAGAAACCCUCACUCAGGCCGCACCUUCAUUGAGAGAUCCUCCUAAUGAAUUGCGAUAUUCCAGAAUGCGGUAUCGUUGUCGUGGGACAGAGCUUGAAUGCAAAGUAUCUAUCAAUGACAUUCAGGUUUGGAGUUCUGAAAAAGUGUUGGAUCUUGAAACAUCAAAGAACUAUGGGCACUUCAAACUAAAACCAUCACCAAAUUUGUAUGUGGUUGAUAGCACUUGA